AAAAAAAAUCGAAACCAAAUCGGAGAUCAAAAGCGAGCCUGCAUCCAUCAGCCGCGAUCGCCCAAAAAAGCAAAAGCCCACCUCCGCCUCUGCGCCCGCCGGCGAAAAAGCGGUAAAGCUUAGUGGCGAAGGCGAAAGCCAAAGCCACCCCACCCUCGCCGGCAUAAAAGCCGCCAUGGCGCAGCCUUUGCGCGCGGAAGCUGGCCUCCUCCUCCUCCUCCAUCCUUCUUCCUCCUGUGGCCGCCGCGAUGGAGGUGGAGAUCGUCGAGGUGGGGCCGUCGAGCCGGCCGCUGCGGUACGUGCCGGCGCAGCAGCGGUGGAGGCCGACACCGACGCCGCUUCCUCCGCCUCCUCCCCCGCUGCCACCUCCUCCUGCCGCCUCCGCGGCGUCGUCGUCGGGCGCCGGGGACGCGGCGGCGGUUGCGUCCGCGGCGAAUCAGUUCGACAGCGAGAAGCUGCCGCAGACGCUGGUGUCGGAGAUCCGCCCGUUCCUCCGCGUCGCCAACCAGAUCGAGCACGAGUCCCCCCGCGUCGCCUACCUCUGUCGAUUUCACGCCUUUGAAAAGGCUCAUAUGAUGGAUCCACGUUCAACAGGGAGGGGUGUUCGUCAAUUUAAAACUGCACUUCUUCAGAGACUUGAACAGGAUGAGAAAAGCACAUUUACAAAGAGAAUGGCAAAAAGUGAUUCUCAAGAGAUCAGAUUAUUUUAUGAGAAGAAAGAGAAAGCUGAUGAGCGUGAACUUUUGCCUGUCCUGGCAGAAGUUCUGAGGGCUGUUCAGAUUGGAACUGGCAAGGAGAAACAGAAACGCAUUGCUAGCGAAACUUUUGCAGAUAAGUCGGCCUUAUUCCGAUAUAAUAUUCUUCCUCUGUAUCCUGGAUCAACUAAACAACCAAUUAUGCUUCUCCCUGAGAUCAAAGUUGCAGUGUGUGCGGUGUUUAAUGUUCGCAGUCUUCCAUUUGCUAACACCAAGGAUCACAAAAAUCAGAUGGAUAUUUUUCUAUGGAUGCAAAGUUGGUUUGGAUUCCAGAAAGGAAAUGUUGCCAAUCAAAGGGAGCAUCUCAUUCUUUUGCUUGCAAAUAUGCAUGCUCGCUUGAACCCCAAGUCAUCCUCUGAAACAAUGAGCAGUAGAUGAACUAUUGGCAAAAACAUUUGAGAACUAUCUGACCUGGUGCAAGUUUUUGGGGAGAAAAAGCAACAUAUGGUUGCCCUCUGUGAAGCAGGAAAUCCAGCAACAUAAACUUCUGUACAUAUCUCUUUAUCUUCUUAUAUGGGGAGAAGCAUCAAACUUACGACUUAUGCCAGAAUGUUUAUGCUACAUCUUUCAUCAUAUGUCGUAUGAGUUAUAUGGAGUACUCUCAGGAGCUGUAAGCUUAAUUACUGGCGAAAAAGUCAGACCUGCAUAUGGAGGAGAUGAUGAAUCAUUUUUGAAAAAAGUAGUGACGCCAAUAUACAAAGAGAUAUAUGAGGAAUCACUAAAGAACAAGAAUGGAGUAUCUGAUCACUCAACAUGGAGAAACUAUGAUGACCUCAACGAGUUCUUCUGGUCUGCAGAUUGCUUCAAGCUUGGCUGGCCCAUGCGCCUGAAUAAUGACUUCUUUUUUACGUCAAACAAAAAUAAGAAUUCUCGGCUUCCCAUUGUUCCACCAGUUCAGCAAACCGAGCAACAAAUCAACCAAUUGAGAACAUCUCAGCAAACUGAUCAACAAAACACCCAAUUGAGAACAUCUCAGCAAACUGAGCAACGAAACACCCAAUUGAGAACACCCAAUGGAUCCUCAUCGUUUCAAAAUAUGCUCAAUCCCGAAGCACCGGGGCAAACACAACAGCAAACUACAAGCGACACAUCUCAACAGAAGUGGUUAGGAAAGACAAAUUUUGUUGAGGUCCGAUCCUUUUGGCAUAUCUUCAGAAGCUUUGAUAGGAUGUGGACACUCCUUGUGCUUGGGCUUCAGGUUCUUAUAAUAAUGGCAUGGCAUGGAUUAGAAAGUCCUCUCCAGUUACUUGAUCCAAUAAUUUUUCAGGAUGUUCUGAGUAUUUUCAUAACCAAUUCAGUACUUCGAGUUAUUCAAGUUAUUCUUGAUAUUACUUUCUCAUGGAGAACCAAGAGAACGAUGAGAUUUAGUCAGAAGCUAAGAUUUGCUGUAAAACUUUCUAUUGCUGUGGCAUGGGCCAUCAUUCUUCCCAUAUUUUAUGCUAGUUCCCAAAACUACUUGUCUUGUUCAGCUAGACGACCUAAAACUUUUCUGGGGAUCUUCUGCUUGUCGAAAUAUAUGGUGGUCGUUGCAUUGUACCUUACAAGCAAUGUGAUUGGGAUGGCAUUGUUUUUUGUUCCUGCUGUAAGCAGUUUUUUAGAGACAUCUACUUGGAGAAUUUGCAAUAUGUUAGCCUGGUGGUGUCAGCCUGAGUUAUAUGUUGGACGAGGAAUGCAAGAAGGCCAAGUACCUUUACUAAAGUAUACAACAUUUUGGACAAUUCUCUUGUCAAGCAAAUUUUUAUUUAGCUACUACUUUGAGAUUAAGCCUCUUGUUGAACCCACGAAAGAAAUUAUGAAGGUCAAUGUGAAUAAAUAUGAGUGGCAUGAAUUCUUUCCUCAAGUCAAAAGCAACGCUGGAGCUAUUCUUGCUGUAUGGGCCCCUAUAAUUCUUGUCUAUUUCAUGGACACACAGAUUUGGUAUUCUGUAUUCUGUACCAUCUUUGGUGGUAUGUGUGGUAUUAUUCAUCAUCUUGGUGAGAUUCGUACAAUGGGAAUGGUGAGAAGUCGAUUCUGUACCUUGCUAGAGGCGUUCAAUACCUCUCUUGUUCCUCAUUCAAUGAUGACAAAGAAAAAGGGAAUAUUGCCUAGUUUCUUGGAAAAGAAAAUAUUUAAGAAUUUUGGUAAAGCUGAAAGACAUGAUCCAAUAAAGUUUGCUCUUGUUUGGAAUCAAAUAAUAAAUAGCUUCCGCUCAGAGGAUUUAAUAAGUAAUAGAGAGAUGGACUUGAUGACAAUGCCCAUGUCACUAGAACAUAGGUCUGGUUCUAUUCGUUGGCCCAUGUUUUUACUCGCCAAAAAGUUUUCAGAAGCAGUAGAUAUGGUAGCCAAUUUUACUGGAAAAAGUACACGACUCUUCUGUAUAAUUAAGAAGGAUAAUUACAUGCUUUGUGCAAUCAAUGAUUUCUACGAAUUGACAAAAAGUAUUUUGAGGCAUCUGGUUAUUGGUGAUGUAGAGAAGAGGGUAAUAGCUGCCAUCUACACUGAAAUCGAAAAGAGUAUUCAGAAUGCAAGUCUAUUGGUUGAUUUUAAGAUGGACCAUUUGCCUUCACUGGUUGCCAAGUUUGACAGAUUGGCUGAGCUUCUGUACACGAACAAACAAGAACUUCGAUAUGAAGUGACAAUUUUACUCCAAGAUAUCAUUGAUAUUCUGGUCCAAGAUAUGCUUGUAGAUGCUCAAAGUGUAUUAGGUCUGAUUAAUUCUUCUGAAACACUGAUCUCGGAUGAUGAUGGAACCUUUGAGUACUACAAACCAGAGCUCUUUGCAUCUAUCAGCUCAAUAUCGAACAUACGUUUUCCAUUUCCUGAGAAUGGCCCACUAAAAGAGCAGGUGAAACGCCUCUACCUUCUGCUUAAUACUAAAGAAAAGGUCGUGGAAGUACCGUCAAAUUUAGAGGCUCGGCGACGCAUUUCAUUUUUUGCCACGUCUCUUUUUAUGGAUAUGCCAUCUGCUCCGAAAGUCAGCAGUAUGCUGUCAUUUAGCAUAAUAACUCCAUAUUUCAACGAAGAGGUAAAGUUUUCAGAGGACGAACUUCAUUCAGAUCAAGACGAGGCAUCCAUCCUUUCCUACAUGCAAAAGAUAUAUCCAGAUGAAUGGAGAAACUUUUUGGAACGGCUUGGUCCAAAGGUCACACAAGAAGAAAUCAGAUACUGGGCUUCUUUCCAUGGUCAAACAUUAAGCCGAACUGUCCGAGGAAUGAUGUAUUACAGAAAAGCACUGAGACUACAGGCUUUCUUAGACAGGACAAAUGACCAAGAAUUAUGCAAAGGACCUGCGGCGAAUGGGCGACAAACUAAGAACAUGCACCAAUCAUUAUCAACUGAACUAGACGCACUUGCUGAUAUGAAAUUUUCGUACGUCAUCUCAUGUCAGAAGUUUGGGGAACAGAAAUCUAGUGGUAAUCCUCAUGCUCAAGACAUUAUCGAUCUAAUGACAAGGUAUCCAGCUCUACGUGUCGCCUACAUUGAAGAGAAGGAGAUCAUAGUAGAUAAUAGGCCUCAUAAGGUUUAUUCAUCAGUUUUAAUAAAAGCAGAAAACAAUUUAGACCAGGAAAUUUACCGUAUAAAGCUGCCUGGUCCACCCCUUAUUGGAGAAGGGAAGCCUGAAAAUCAAAAUCACGCUAUUAUAUUCACCCGUGGAGAAGCUCUACAAACAAUCGAUAUGAACCAAGACAACUAUCUGGAAGAAGCUUAUAAGAUGAGAAACGUGCUUCAAGAAUUUGUUAGGCAUCCUAGGGGCAAAGCUCCAACUAUCCUUGGGCUUAGAGAGCACAUCUUCACUGGAAGUGUUUCUUCACUUGCUGGAUUCAUGUCAUAUCAAGAAACCAGCUUUGUUACAAUUGGACAAAGAUUUCUUGCUGACCCCCUCAGGGUGCGGUUUCAUUAUGGUCAUCCAGACAUUUUUGAUCGGAUGUUUCAUUUGACAAGAGGUGGCAUAAGCAAAGCGUCUAAAACUAUUAACUUAAGUGAGGACGUGUUUGCUGGGUAUAAUUCCAUAUUGCGCCGUGGACAUAUAACUUAUAAUGAGUACAUUCAAGUUGGCAAAGGGCGUGAUGUUGGUCUUAAUCAGAUAUCAAAAUUUGAAGCUAAAGUUGCAAAUGGGAAUAGUGAACAAACUCUUAGCCGUGAUAUCCAUCGGCUAGGGCGACGCUUUGAUUUUUUCAGGAUGCUCUCUUGUUAUUUCACAACAGUGGGAUUUUACUUCAAUAGUCUAAUAUCAGUUGUAGGCGUUUAUGUUUUCCUCUAUGGACAAUUGUAUUUGGUUCUUAGCGGCCUACAGAGAGCUCUGUUAAUUGAAGCUGAGACUCAGAAUAUGAAGUCCUUAGAAACUGCCCUGGUAUCUCAGUCUUUUCUCCAGCUGGGUCUGCUUACAGGAUUACCUAUGGUGAUGGAGCUAGGUCUGGAAAAAGGUUUCCGAGUAGCUUUGAGUGACUUUAUCCUCAUGCAACUGCAGUUGGCUUCAGUUUUCUUCACAUUCUCUCUUGGAACAAAAGCUCACUAUUAUGGACGUACUAUUCUUCACGGUGGUGCAAAAUACCGACCAACAGGGCGCAAAUUUGUGGCAUUCCAUGCAAGCUUUACAGAAAACUACCAGUUAUACUCCCGAAGUCAUUUUGUCAAAGGAUUUGAAUUGGUCUUCCUUCUGAUAAUUUACCAUAUUUUUAGAAGAUCGUAUGUGAGCACUGUGGUACAUGUGAUGAUCACAUACUCAACGUGGUUUAUGGCAGUGACUUGGCUGUUUGCACCUUUUCUUUUUAACCCAGCUGGUUUUGCUUGGCGUAAGAUUGUUGAGGAUUGGGCAGACUGGACAAUAUGGAUGAGGAACCAAGGGGGCAUAGGAGUGCAACCAGAAAAGAGCUGGGAAUCAUGGUGGAAUGCUGAGAAUGCACAUCUUCGUCACUCAGUACUGAGUUCUAGGAUUCUUGAAGUGUUGCUCUCCUUGCGCUUCUUCAUGUAUCAAUACGGACUUGUCUAUCAUCUCAAGAUAUCUCAAGACAACAAAAAUUUCCUAGUCUACUUGCUUUCUUGGGUUGUUAUUAUUGCCAUUGUUGGGUUAGUUAAGCUUGUUAAUUGUGCUAGCCGUCGGUUGAGCUCAAAGCACCAGCUUGUCUUCAGGCUUAUCAAAUUGUUAAUAUUCCUCUCAGUGAUGACCUCCUUAAUCCUUCUCUCUUGCCUCUGCCAACUAUCCAUCAUGGAUUUGAUCAUCUGUUGCCUCGCUUUCAUACCAACUGGUUGGGGCCUCCUCCUUAUCGUUCAAGUUUUGAGGCCAAAAAUUGAAUACUAUGCCAUAUGGGAGCCUAUUCAGGUUAUUGCUCAUGCUUACGACUACGGAAUGGGUUCACUGCUAUUUUUUCCGAUCGCUGCAUUAGCAUGGAUGCCUGUUAUCUCCGCCAUCCAAACCAGGGUUCUUUUCAACAGGGCAUUUUCUAGGCAGUUGCAGAUCCAACCUUUUAUUGCAGGGAAAACCAAACGGAGGUAAUAACUGAUGGCUUUGUUAAUUGGAGUUGUGAAUACGAUCCAUUGGUUGGUCAGGAUGAUAAUAAUUCUCUGUAUCCUGGUGUACAUAUUAUACGGUAUACAGUGUGAUCCAUCAUUCUUUAAUUAGCCCAUACGAGUUUGACGGAUUUAGCAUCUCAGUUUUUAUGUAGAGUUUAAAUCUAGACUUAGUUUUAUCUUCACAUACCAUUUCUUACUUUCUGUAACACAGAAAUGCCGUGCUAUUGCUCUUGGACGAAAGUCAUGUUAGAUUAUACAACAUCACGGAUAUUUGCUCUCAAAUUACUGAAAUACACCUGUGAUUUUAUUGGGGAUUUCA